ACACCGCGCUGUCAAAAGCAGGAAGUUAAGAAUGUAAAGUAAUGCGGUAUCUCCUUUCAUUGAUCUCAUUUCCUCAUUUUUUUAUUUUUGUUUAUACAAUUCACAAUCACGAGCAACUGAAAGUGUUAUAAGGCCUACGGCAUGCUAACGAAACAGUCUUUGGAGAAAAGGAAGCCCAGACACAAGACACACUGAUGCUGAUGAUAAGUCCCAGAAUGGCCUCAGGAAUGCAAGAGAAACAGUACACACCAUCUCUACUUAGUUUUUUCAUUUACAACCCCACAUUUGGACCACGAGAAGGAGAGGAAGAGAAGAAGAUUUUGUUUUACCACCCCAGUGAUGUAGAGAAGAAUGAGAAGAUUAGAAAUGUGGGCCUUUGUGAAGCCAUUGUUCAGUUCACCAGGACAUUCUGCCCAACAAAACCAGCUAAAUCCCUGCACACACAGAAGAACCGGCAGUUUUUUUUCGAGCCUGAAGACAAUUUCUGGAUAGUCAUGGUGGUUCGAAACCCGAUGGUUGAGAAACCAAACAAAGAUGGUAAACCUCCCACGAUAGAAUAUCAAGAAGAUGAAAUACUCGACACUGUAUAUGGUGCUGUAGUAAGACAGUGCUACAGUAUGUACAAGCUCUUUAAUGGCACAUUUGGCAGAGCAAUGGAAGCCGGCGGAGUGGACCUGCUCACUCAGAAGCUUGAAAAGUUCUUCUACAGGUAUUUGCAGACUCUCCACUUGCAGUCCUGCGACCUGCUGGAUGUAUUUGGAGGCAUCAGCUUCUUCCCACUGGACAAGAUGACCUACCUGAAGAUCCAGUCUUUUGUCAACCGGGUGGAGGAGAGCCUCAGCCUGAUUAAAUACACCGCUUUCCUGUAUAACGACCAGCUUAUCUGGAGUGGACUGGAACAAGACGACAUGAGGAUUCUGUAUAAGUACUUGACCACCUCGCUGUUCCCUAGACACUCUGAACCUGAGUUGGCUGGCAGGGACUCUCCUCUGAGGCCAGAGGUUGCAGGGAAUCUGUUGCACUAUGGCAGGUUUUUAACAGGACCCACUAACCUCAAGGACCCAGAGGCCAAGUUCCGAUUUCCAAAAAUAUUUGUCAGUGCAGAGGACGGCUACGAGGAGCUGCAUCUGAUUGUUUAUAAGGCGAUGAGCGCUGCAGCUUGUUUUAUGAUCAGUGCCUCUGUCGAGCUGACAAGGGAUUUCUGUGAGCAGCUUGACGCCUUAGUAGGCCCUCAGCUCACUCUGCUGGCAUCUGAUAUAUGUGAACAGUUCACCAUCAACCGCAGGAUAUCAGGGCCAGAGAAGGAGCCCCAGUUUAAGUUCAUCUACUUCAACCACAUGAACCUGGCAGAGAAAAGCACCAUCCAUAUGAGGAAGACCGCCAGUGUCUGCCUCACCUCCGUGCACCCUGACCUCAUGAAGAUCCUGGGAGACAUCAAUUGUGAUUUUGCUAGGGUUGAUGAAGAUGAAGAAAUUAUCGUGAAAGCAAUGACAGACUACUGGGUAGUCGGCAAGAAGUCAGACCAGAGAGAACUGUAUGUGAUACUAAAUCAGAAGAACGCCAAUCUAAUUGAAGUCAAUGAGGAAGUUAAAAGGCUUUGUGCAACGCAGUUCAACAAUAUCUUCUUCCUGGAUUGACAGAACAGACACACAGAGACACUAAAAACUGUCAGUGUUGCAGGGUAUCAUGACAGCAUCAGCGUAAUGCAAUAAUUGCAUUGUAAAUUACAAGAAUAAAAAGCUUUCUCACCAAGUUUUUUUAAUUUAACCUAUAAAAAUUGUAAUUUUCUCUUGUAAUUAAGUGUAUAAAUCCAGAUUUUUACUGUACAUGUACUUUAUUUGUUUCAUUUGCUUUGUACAUACCUGUGGGAUUUUGUUAAAAGCUGAUUUGGAUUACAGUUUGUUCAUGCAGUUUUUCAGUGAACACAUCAUGACUUUUAAAAUUAAUUUAAAACUGACAUGCACACAGAACAGUUUACUUCAGGUUCAUUUGAUGAAAAGUGAUAGUUUUAAAAAGACAUCAAGUCAAAAGUAUUGUGGUUUGUAAACAACUGCACCAACUUUAAAUAAAUUAAGAAGCAAUUUUUCUUAAAGUGAA